GAGCGCUUCCUUGUUAAGAUGGCGGCUCCUUUGACGCUGCUGCUGCUCGUGGCUGUUACCCUCCGCGCUGCUCUCUUCAGGGCCGGGCUGACGGAGCUCAUCUCCGGGAGGGUGGAGGUGGUGUCACCUCUGACCGCCUGGAAGAGAGUGGUUGAAGGUUUGGCUCUGCUGGAUUUGGGCGUCUCACCGUACUCUGGAGAUGUUUUCCAUGAGACUCCUCUCAUCAUUUACCUCUUCCACUUCCUGGUGGACUAUGCUGAGAUAACGUUUAUUUUAGCAGAUGUGACCACUGCUGUGGCACUUUACCUGGCAGUGAAGGACUACAACAAACAAGUGUUCAGAAAACAGAGAUAUGCUCUGGAGGCCGACCGCUACCCCCUCGACUGUCUGGAGCUCAUCAGGAGCCCCAAGGAGAUGUACUACAUCCCCCUGAAAGUAGCCAUGUUUUAUCUGUUGAACCCGUUCACCAUCCUCUCCUGCGUCGCCAUGUCCACCUGCGGCCUGAACAACGCCGUCAUCGCCCUCUUCAUCCUCUCUACCAUAAAGGGUAAUGUUUUGCUUAGUGCCAUAUUUCUGUCCCUGGCUACGUAUCAGUCCAUCUAUCCUCUGACUCUGUGCGCUCCAGCUCUGCUGUACUUGAUGCAGCGACAGUACAUCCCUGUGAACUUUCGACGGGCCGGCUUCUGGUGGUUCAUCGCCCAGUACGCCUUCAUGUACCUGGGCAGCCUGUUCGUCAUCGUAGGCCUCUCCUUCUUCCUGCUCGGCUCCUGGGAUUACCUGCCCUCCGUCUACGGCUUCAUUCUCUCAGUUCCAGACCUGACCCCCAACAUCGGCCUCUUCUGGUAUUUCUUCGCCGAGAUGUUUGAACACUUCCGCCUCUUCUUCCUCUGCGUCUUUCAGAUCAACAUUUUCUUCUACACCAUCCCGCUGUCCAUCAAACUCAAGGAGCAUCCAGUGUUUCUGAUAUUCAUGCAGUUGGCUGUGAUCUCCAUCUUUAAGUCUUACCCCACAGUGGGAGACAUCGCUCUCUACAUGGCCUUCCUUCCUGUCUGGAGUCACCUGCACAGAUUCUUGAGGAACAUCUUCCUGGUGUCCUGCGUCCUGUUGGCCUGUUCCGCGUUGUUCCCGGUUCUCUGGCACCUCUGGAUCUACGCCGGCAGCGCCAACUCCAACUUCUACUACGCCAUAACGCUCCUGUUCAAUGUGGCCCAGAUUCUGCUGAUAUCUGAUUACUUCUAUGCCUUCCUGAGGAGAGAGCACCACCUCGCCUACGGGCUGUACCUGAAGAGGAAAGACGGCUCUGAGGCGACGCUGGUGCUCAAAUGAAACGCCCACUCACUCAUAUCCUCGGCCUGAGAGGAAGAGACUGCUCGACGGCUCACUUCUCCUCAAAGCGGACGAACACAAAGAAAAGACUUCUAAAGCCAAACUGGUUCUCCGACAGAACAUCGACACGCGUGCAGAACGUGUGUCUGGUACAACUUCAUAUGCAAACAACAGAACUACAUCAUAGAACGGACUCAUGCAGAUGUUGGAUGUGGGGAAACAUCUCCCUCCUCUUUACUCUUUCACUUGCGUGAAAGCUUCACUCCACCUGGAUCCUACAAUGCUUUUAUUUUGAAGUCUCCUCUUUGGUUGCAAGCCACUCCAGUAGAGUUUUAUUUUGACGAAGUGUUUAUCCUGCAGCUCCGUCCUGGACAGCUUUUAUUUUGAAGCACCAACUCCCACUCCCAAGGCUUUGACUUGUAAGUCUUGUUCCUCUUUCAACACUUAAGAAGAAAAUUUUAAAAAAGUGGGAAAACUUCUGCUGACAUGAUCAUUCCUGAUAAUUUACAGCUCUCCCACACACACAUUUUCUUUUUGUGUUCAAACUGGAAGUCAUACGCAGACAGGAUGAAGAAAUCUUUUAUUUUGAAGGGUUUUGUCUGGAAGCCUCUUUCAUCUCUUCCAUGUUUCUCACGUUGUUUGCUCUGUUUGUUUUUCUCUCUCUCAAAGUUCCCUCAUUGAUUAACAAACUCUAGAUCGUCAGUGUUGCAUCUCAACUGAAAUCCAGGCGAACGAGAACUCACCUCAUCAUGGUGCAUAAACCGAAACACUACCUGGGGCAGGGAUCGAUUCAGCUGCUGACACACACACACACACACACACACACACACACACACACACACACACACACACACACACACACACACACACACACACACACACACACACACACACACACACACACACACACACACACACACACACACACACACACACACACACACACACACACACACACACACACUGAUUCAUCACUAAAACCCAGAUUUCUCUCUCUCUAGUCUACCGAGAGCGCAUCGGACAAAGCUGACAGUGAAUGUGUCUUAAAUUAAUAAAGUGCUUCAGAAUCUGUGGAGAGAAGAAACAGAUUUGUGUUUUCUGGACCAAGUUAAAGAAACUGGUUCUGCGGCGGCCUUGUGUUUACCACUCGUCAAAAUUGGAUCUUUGUAGCAUUAGAGUUUCGGCUCAUAAAUUGUAAACAAACGUAAUUAAUCAUUUAUUUGGUUUUAUUUGUUAGGGGGACACGAUAUCAUAAACAUUUUCUCCCUCAGUCGACACAACCUCAAAAACUCCAUAUGUUUCUGUUGAUUUGACAGGUGAUAUUUUUUAUCUUGUCCUCAGAAGACAUUAGCUUGUGCGUAAAGAUAAUUUAAUAAGAUCUCUGUCAUGGUUUAAUUUCACUGUAGAUUGGCAUAUAAUAAUAUCCUGGCCUCUCUUCUACAGACACGUGAUUAACUUCAUAUUUAGGUUAUUAUCUCACAAGCACAAGAUAAGAAAAUAUCACCUGUCUGGAUCUACAGGACUUUUAUUGUGGCUCAUGUCCUUAAAACUGCUCAUUUGUUCCAGGUUCAUCGAGGCGUUUUGAUACCAUGAGUGAGAAAUGAGUUUUAAUAUUUAUUUAUUUCCUGCACUGAAAACUUUGCAAUGAGAUUUCAUUUUUCCUUCUUUUCUUUGUUUUGUUAUCUGAGGUCAAAUCAGGAACUCUUCAGUUUUUGAUACUGUAAAUACUAAUGUGAUUUGUUUUGUUACAGAUAUUUAAGUGCAGGUGUGAAAGGGAUGAUGGUAAAUUUGAUGAAUGAAUGACCAUGAUGUCACAAAUGAUGAUUAUUAAACUUGAGGUGUUGGUUUA